GACGGAUUCGAUUGGCCCGUGAAAGCCGGGUCUUUUUUCCCAUACGAAGAAGACGAAGAUUUAGCGGGAAAAUAAAAGGUUAAACAAGAUUGGCGGGAAGAAUACUUGCCUUCCUAAAGUUCUCAUAUAAAAGCAUCAGUUCAUAUCAUACCGCCACUUCCACUUCCUCUCUCUUUCAUUUUCCGGAUCGGUUUCUCUCUCCAAGGGUUUCAAAGAUGUUCUCGGGCUCCCAAUUCGAUGCCACGAACGCCUUCUCCGGCGGCGGUUUCAUGGCUUCUCAGUCCACUCAAUUCGGCGAUUCCACUCCCUCUCCGGCCAAGAGACGCGAAACUCACGGAUUGGUUCCCGUGACGGUGAAGCAGAUCAGCGAAGCCCAUCAGUCCGGUGAUGAAAAAUCGAACUUUGUGAUCAGCGGUGCAGAUGUUGCUAACGUAUCGGUGGUUGGGAUGGUUUUUGACAAAGCCGAAAGGAACACUGAUGUUGAUUUCACCGUGGAUGAUGGAACAGGGCGAAUCAAGUGCCGAAGAUGGGUGAAUGAGAAUUUUGACUCCAGAGAAAUGCAGGAAAUAGAAGAUGGAAUGUAUGUUCGUGUUAAUGGACACUUGAAAGUCUUUCAAGGUGUUCGACAGAUUGUUGCCUUCUCUGUGAGGCCUGUGAAAAACUUUGACGAAGUUGCUUUCCACUUCAUUGAGUGCAUACAUACCCACCUGCUGACAUCCAAGCUACAGCUGCAAGGGAAUGCUGCCACUCAAGCGCAGCCUAUGGACUCAUCUCUGAACACUCCUGUGCGGAGUGGAUCAACUGGAUAUCAGACAGCCCCGUCAAACCAAUUCUCCGGGCAAGUUAGCGUUGAUGGACUAAAGAGCUGUGAUCAGUUGGUCCUUGAAUAUCUGCAGCAGCCAUCAAGCAUUGGAAAAGAAAAGGGGAUACACAGAGACGAACUUUCCCAGCACCUGAAAGUUCCUGUGGGAAAGAUCUUGGAAGCUAUCAGGUCUCUUGAGGAGGAAGGUUUAAUAUAUUCCACGAUCGAUGAGUUUCACUACAAGUCAGCAGCAUAUGGUUAAUGUUCGUCACGAAUUUAAUUGUCUUUAGGAUUGCAAGUACUUAUAUAUGAGUGCUGUAAUGUGUACUACUCUUUCCAUAUCUAAUAUGUAUCCCUGGAUCUUCUGGUGGGUUCAGUAUUAAAGUUCAAUUAACCGCC